UGGAAAGGGAAAGAUCAAAGAAGAUGACGCUGUGUGCUGGACGCAGCUGGGGAAGAAUGGGGGGAAGCUCAUGUCUCGAUUCGAACACACAGCAUCGCUUUUAUGCCACUGUCCAUCACGGCGCCAUUUCUUUCUCACUUGCAGGUGACCAUACAGCAGCCAGCUGGGGUACUCGACGGAGAAUUAUUCUUUAGCCUGUCAAAUCACACGAUGGCGCCCGCAGUAUCACCUGCACAUCAGCAGGCCGAGCGAGCGGCCGACGUUGCUCAGUCUGCCGGGGCGAGGUUCACACGCUGGCUCGAGGACAAUCGAUAUGUGCUCAUGGGUGCCGCUGCUGGUGUCGGCGCCGCCGGGUUGGCAUACUACUUGAUCAGCGGACCGUCCUCACCACCAGGUGGCCGGGGAGGCGACGCCAGCAGCAGCUCUGCCAGUGUUGGCCCAGGGGGAGAGAAGGGCGGCAGCUCCAAGAAGAAGAACAAAAAGAAAAAAGCCAGCAACAAGAAGGAUGGGGAGAGGGAGCUGCCGGGAGACGGCCCACUGCUGGAAGAAGCGAGCGAUGCGCAGAUCAUAGCCCUUUCCGCUGAGGAGAUUGCUCGUUUGCCCGGGCAGCGUCGCAAGGACAUUGCACAGGCGCUCAAGACAGCCGGCAACAAGGCGUACAGCGAGCGCGAGUAUGAGAAGGCGAUCCAGCUAUACACAAAGGCCAUCGCUGCAGAUCCGCUCGCGGUAUUCUACAGCAACCGGGCGGCGUGCUACAACAAUCUCGGAAGGUAUCUCGAAGUGAUCGACGACUGCAAUGAGGCGCUCAAGCAACAGAAGGAUUACGUCAAGGCUCUCAACAGGCGGGCCACCGCUCGUGAGAAACUCGGAGGGGAUGGCGGGAGUGGGGGCGAAUCAGAUGAAAAGAUGCAGUCUCUCAUCCGCAGCGCAGAAGACUUUACCGCUGUUGCAAUUCUAAGCAGAUUUAAAGAUGCCGCAGCGACCCAAGCGGUCGAGCGUGUGCUCAACACCUUUGCACGCGCUAGGGCUGGUCAUACGCUACGAACGCGAGAGCCGCGACUACCAUCUCCGACGUUCGUCAUCGCCUACCUAGAUGCGUUCCGCAAAAAACCCGUGCCGGCUCUUCCAGCAGAGCCGUCGCAGGGUGACAAGACGCUCAAGCUGGCGUACGAGGCGCUUGCAGCCAAUAAUUUCCCACAUGCUUUCUCGCUCAUCAGCGAGUCCCUCGACCAAGGUCUCAGCACGGACGACUUGAAGGCCAAUGCGCUGAACAUGCGCGCAACAUUCCAGUUUGUCAUCGGCAACGCCCCGAGUGCCCUUGAAGAUCUCGAUGAGAGCACGCGACUUGUCCCCUCGUAUGUCCAGAGCUGGGUGAAGAAGGCGAGCGUGCACAUGGAGCUUGGUCAGCGCGAGGAAGCAUUCAACGACUUCGAGCGAGCGAUUCAGGCAGACCCUUCGGAUCCGGAUAUCUACUACCACCGCGGCCAAGUCCACUUCAUUCUGCAGCAGUUCGAUGAGGCGCUCAAGGACUAUAGCAAGUCGACCGAGUUGGACGACUCAUUCAUCUUCAGUCAGGUGCAGUAUGCCGUCGCGCAGUACAAGCUUAACAAGCUGCCGCAGUCCAAGCGAUCCUUUGAGCGCAUCCUGGCCAAGUUCAGCAACAGCUCCGAGGCGUACAAUUACUGCGGCGAGCUUCAACUCGACCAGCAAGAGUUCGAAUCAGCGCUCGAAAACUUCAAUCGGGCCAUCGCGCUCGAAGCGGCCAAGGCGAACAGCAGCAAUGUCCUUCCAAUGAUCAACAAGGCUCUCUUGCUGUUCCAGUGGAAGACCGACUUGGCAGGAGCCGAGGAGCUUUGUCGGAAAGCGCUCGAAAUCGACCCGGAUUGCGAUGUCGCGGUCGCCACACUCGCCCAGCUGUGCCUCCAGCAGGGCCGCAUUCCCGAAUCCAUCGAGUUCUUUGCCCGGAGCGCACAGAUCGCGCGCACAGAGCCUGAACUCAUCAACGCCAUCACAUACGAGCAGGCUUCGCGAGCCCAAGCUUCCUUCAUCGAAAAAUUCCCAGAACAAGGCGCCGACCUCGCUGCUCUGGCUGGGGCUAUGCCGUAGGCAACUGUUACAUGGUGUAACACCCAUGACUUGGGGCCGGCAAAUCCUGAUCUCGUACAUACGCGCCUGUACUGCUUCUAUGUUCAAGGCCCCCACACACAAGGUACCGCUUGCCAAUCGCACACAUUACUUUCUCCCAAGGUAAUGCUUCAUUGCUGGGGUCGUGAUCGUGAGGAUGUCGUGAUAGAAAUACAAGUGAUCCGCGCUGCUCUGGGGGGGCGCAAAGCGGAAUGCAUGGAUGACUGGACUGUGGAGAUGAUGAGAUAUGAAAGCAUGAUUGAGGUAAGAGAGAGACGAGCUGCGAAAUAAUUAUAUCUAGCUGCGUCGGGCGUGGUAAGAUGCAGGGAUGAAAUGCGAUGAUAAUGUUGAUGACGAUGUUGUAAAGUAUAGUUUAGCGGAG